UAUGGACAAGGGCCCAACGUCGAACCAGCGUACUGGUACCCGGCCUUUCAUGUCUCGCGAUCUGUUAUGCCCAACCUGGACGAGCCCCAUGACUUAGAGUCAUUGUUUUAUAUCAUGCUCUGCCUUGCCUGUCGCUACAAGAAACCCGGACUUCCCACUGCGGAAGCACGAGCGUACUCGAAAUGGUUCAGCGGGACUGAUGAAGAAGUCUUUGUAAGAACUCCUUCCUUACCACAUCCCCCCUGAGCAUCUUCCCAUUCAACCUUAGCGUACUUCACUCACUUCCGAACGUGGUUGCAUCUAAACUGCUUGCUUCAAUGAGUUCUGCACCUCAAAAAUUUGAUUGGAAUACUUUAUCCUCGACAGACAUGUUACAUAUCACACGUUCAGGACAAUCAUGUCUACUUUCGAGGACGAACCCCUUGAGACUCGCUGGUCAGAUAGGAAAGAGUGACGUUGAACAUCUUUCAUUCUAUCAUUUCUCUUAGCUCUAUGCUUUCUCUCAUGAUUUGCUUUGUAUGACCCCAUUUAGCAUACCUAUAAUCGGAAUUUUGGAAAUACUGUAUUCAUAAUAUUAUGAUCACUGCUUCA